AUGGUUUAUGAGGCCAUCCAGGGACAGGGCAUAGAGCACGAUCUGGCCUACGACGUCCUUACUGGGGGGACUAUGAUGUUUGCUGGCAAAAGCCGCCACAUGGUUGACAUAGACUUGUUCCCACCGACCACUCGCCUCGUCAAUGGUGACGAUCUCGGUGACCACUUCUGUGCCUACCAACAGUCUUUUGCCGUUGUAGACACGGCGCCAGAGGUGGAGCGAGCCUUCUUGAUGACGGUGGGGGAGAAGUGGGACGAGUUGCAAGGAGGGAAAGACGUUGUUGGUGCCGAGAAGAUCGGAGAUGUAUUUGCGGAGUACGAGCCGGAGGCGGAUGCUCAAGGCUCUGGAGAUGAGGACGAUGACAUCGAGUUCAUCGAAAAAAAGAAGGAGAACAAGGGGAAGAAGGCUGAGAACGUCGACAAGGCUGAGGAGAAGCAGAGAGAGAGAGGAGCUGGGAAGGGCAAGAAGGUCGUGGCGUUCUGGCGUGAUUUUCGAGGAAGGAGAUGA